AUGCUGUCGACCGUCAAAGCAAACAAAAGGGGGGCGGGCACCGCACUCUGGUUUCCGUUGACCGUUGCCCCACCACAUGGCGCCGAUGCCCUCCUGGCCGCUUUGGCCGGCAUGGCCCCUGCGGUGGCCUUCGUAGUUGCCUUGGCCGUUGUGGCCGCCCCUGCUUGCUGCCUGCAACGCAGACUGCCUUGCAAGUUGCGCAGCAACGCCGCAGCGUGGCAUGGCCCGUGGCGCUGCGUGGAGCUCUCCACGGAGGGCCUCCGUCUUCGACUGAUCCAGAACCUGGCCUCUCGUUUUCGUCAUCUCCUCGGUCGUCCGCCGCCCAUGCUCUGCCUCCUCCACGGUCGCCCGCCCACCCGAGGCACGGCCAGAGCACACCAGGCCACGGUGCCGCCAUCUCCAACGAGAGUUGCGCGGAGCAUCGGCCUGCGAUUCAGCUAG